GCAUUUGGGUGAUGUGGUACACAAGUCAUCGUCACGUAGAAUGUGCGCGAACUGAGAGAUUGGUAUUGGAUUCAGCUCAGCCCACGAGUAGAAAACUGAUUCAAAGUUAAUUUAAUAACUUUGGAUCUUUGGCGACAAACAAAUCAUGGCUUUUUUCAUAGCCUUCACCAGGUCACGAGUUGGCAGUUGCGCCUCCGUCGCCCUGAAGGGAAUUCUCGGUGAUGGGAGUGGUGCCUUUCCCAGAUCCAAGUCCACCCUCUCUGUCGGCAACAAUUAUCAAUCCUUCCUUUGUUUGGGAGAAGGAGGAAGAGCUUUAUCUAACAUUCAGUUGAGCAGUGAAAUUCAACGCGACUUUACUCGAAGAUGGUUCCACUCAACGUCUCCUGUCCUCCAGGAUGAGAAAAAAGAAGACCAGAAAGACGAGAAAGACGAGAACGUGGACACGACAGGUCAAGUAGAGAAUAAAACUGACUCGCAAGAAGAAGGUAGAGGUCGUGGUAAAAAUCGAGGCUAUUUAAAAAGCCGAACAAAAGUUAUUCCGGUCGAAGUUAGCAUUCGAUAUCUCAAAAGCCCCGCGUAUAAGACAACAUACGGUGACAACUUGGUCUGGGUCUUAUACAGACGCAAUUUCAAAGGACAAUUUGCUCCAAAGAAGACUCGAAAAACAUGCAUUAGAGCCGGCGAACUCGCUACUGGAAAUCCCUGCCCCAUUUGCCGAGAUGAAUAUUUAGUCCUUCACCCAGAAAAUGUAACUUUACUAAAACAGUUCAUUUCUCCCUUCAAUGGAGAAAUUCUCAACUACACCAAAACCGGACUUUGUCAGAUGCAGCAUGAAAAACUUUUAAUUGCUGUAAAACAAGCGAAAGACAUUGGAAGUAUAACUUUUGAUAUUCCAUUUAGAGAAUAUGACUACUCAGAGUAUGCCCAUUUGUACGAGUCUUACAAGCCUUCUAAGUCUAAUUCAUAACUUUAAUUAUUUUGAAGUCAUCUUAUUUAUUGUUUUUAUUAGUUUUCCUUUUAAUAUACAAGUAAAGUAUUUAAUGAAUCUUU